CAAAAUACCAGAACAAAUAAAAAAGAUGGAUCAUGAGUCUAUUGCCAUUUAUCUGAACGCCCUUGAAUCGGGUUCAGAAAGAAGACGGGAUAUAAAUUUAAUAAUUGUUGGAAAAAAAUCUGUUGGAAAGACUUCCUUAGUACGAAGAUUGUUCGGGGAGGAGUUACAAAGCGUAAAAAGCACAAAUGGUAUAGAAAUUCAUCGGCGGAGAUGUCGAAUAAAUCUAAGUAACUGGGAAUGGAAUAAAGUGUUAGAUACAAGGUUAGUGAAAGAAACAAGUAUCAACAAUAGAAUAUUGCAGUCAAUUGUCAAAGAGUUGCAUCAAGAUAAAGAAAAACCAAAGCAUGACAUAUUGGAGAUAUCUUCAUCAGAUCAGAUAUCAACAGAUGAUAAUAAGGGCACAAUCACCAAAAAUAUUGAACAUGAUGAUGAACCUCAACCCAAACGUACCAAAAUGAAUUAUCAGUUUGCUUAUCCGGAGAUUACAGAAUCGCCGUUGUCUAAACUGGCAAAGGAUGAGCUGUUAAGUAUAAUCGGAUCUGCUGUAGACUUACAAGACGAAGACGGCUAUGCAAAUUUAACAGUGUGGGAUUUUGCUGGUGAUAUUGAGUAUUACAACACACAUCAAACGUUUUUGAAUUCAGAAGCAAUUUUUCUUGUCGUAGCAAAUUUACAUGACAUAGAUGACAAAGUAUCUUACGGCACAUUCAAUUUCUGGAUGGAUACAAUACAUUGUUAUGGAAGCAUAAACGACAAAACUGAAGAUGUAUUGCUCGAAGGAGCUCACAACCUUCUAGAUCCACCAGUUAUUGCAAUUGGUACACACAAAGACAAAUUUCAGGACGAAGAACAAUGCAGAAAACGUCUCGAAUCCUACACUGAUAAAAUAUUUAAAGAUUCCAAGCUUCACCUGAGAUCAAUUCACCUGAUCUCCAACACAGAGGAUGUAGAAGAUGCUUUUGAAAAAUUGAGGAAUGAUAUAUUUGCCACAGCAAAGAGUACUGCAAAUUGGAAUCGAGAAUAUCCUGUUAAAUUUAUUCAGAUGGAAAAAGCCAUCAACUCUGAACUUACGAUCGGAAAACAAAUAAUUUCCUUUGAAAGAUUAAAAGAACUAGGUGAGAAAAUACCACUUCCGAUAACUGAUAACAAGGAGCUUCAUCUCUUUCUCAGGUAUCAACAUGAAAUUGGUAACGUGAUAUUUUUUGAAGACAUUCCGUCAUACAUCAUACUUGAUCCCCAAUGGUUAGCAAAUGCCUUUAAAUGCAUUGUUACAGCCCAGCAGUUUCAAUCUAAAUUACCACACUUACAAUGGGACAACUUCAAGAAAACAGGAAAGAUGGAUCCUAAGCUAUUGGAAGAAAUAUUCAAGAAACAAUCAGCAGACAUGAGAAUUCAUAAAGAGCAUAUACUGGAAGUAAUUGAAAAGUUUGACAUUAUCAUCUAUCCAUUGCUACUGACGGAAAGUGGAAAUGUACAAAGGGAGCAUAGUUUUUUUUAUGUUCCAUGCAUGCUUCAAACAUUAAAAAUUAAUGAUAUUGAUGUAUUCUUUAACGUUCCAAAUGCUAGCAAAUCUACAUGUUUGUGUUUUGUCUUUAGUUUUUUACCGCCGUAUCUAAUCAGCAAUCUGAUUGUCUCUUGUCUACGAGAAUAUCCUCUAGCUGUGGUAAAGGGCGAGAUAGGUCUCUUCAAGGAUUGUUGUGUAUUCAAUAUUGACAGAACUGGCUGUGCAAAAUUUGUAUUAGCAAAGAGUAGCCAUAUGAUUCAGCUGCAAGUAUGGCAAUGGAAUGAAGUAGAUACAGAGGUUAACCAAGCUGUUUUAAAAGUUGUGGAAAGACAAAUCAAUAGAAUUGUCAACACGCGAUACAAGUUGAAAACGGUAUCUUUCGAGAAAAAAUGGAAGUGUGAGACCACCAGUUUCUCCUCUGACACAGGAUUCCUUGAAUUUGAUCAAGUAAAUGAUGGGGAAAAUUAUUAUUGCGAAGAACAUAGGAUUGUUCAUAAAUAUAAAGACUAUUGGUCUGGUGAGAAAUCUAAGGCUUCCCGUAGAAUAAGUAGUGAUCAACAGAAUUACGUCAGAAUGUCAAUGAUAGUUCUAGAGGUAUUAUCAGGCGUUUUAUACGAUCGCUUAUACAUAGAUACAAAGACUGGAGAAAUACUUGAUCGUGAUAAGUUGGACAUAACAGAAAUGUGUAGGAAAUAUUGUGCUUUAAAAAUAAACUUUCCAAGUAAAGGCUUUAGGAAAAUAGAAAAGGUUGACGAGAUUUCUACCAUUGAAGAUACUAUUGGUGACGACAUUCAACGGAUACGUGUGAUCAGAAAUGAAAUGCAGCAUUCUUCUGUCUUUGCAUUAGAUGACACACGAUACCAAACACUCAUCACUAUAGUUCAUGAUAUGCUAACUAGAUUUGACCAGCGUAACAAUCCAGCAGGUGAAUCCUAUGUAAAACGAUUAGACGAAAUCAGGAAAAUGGAAUUAGAGACAAGGAGUUUUGAAGAGAUAAAAGAACGAAUGAAAGCAGGAUUGAUAGAACAGAUUCAUGCAGUUUUCGAUAGUGUGUAUUGAUGACAAAUUUGAUUUCCUGCGCUUUUACAGAUGAAUAAGUAAAUAGAAGUAAAAAAGCUUCAAUAAAAAAAACCAAAGUCCAAUGUAUAGCCAGUCAUUAAAAAAUAAGAGUAAAUGUUGUUUGUAUAGAUAUAUACAUAGUAUACAUGAUUGUAAUUUUAUUUAGAUAGACCUGUAAA